CUUCGUUUAGCUUCAAAUUAAAAUUACACUGAAAUUAAUUAUUUGGAUAUUUUAUUUUACAUUUGUAAAAAAAAAAUAAUAAUAAUUCUAAAAUGACUUUUACUGACUAUAACAUUUUUAAACAACUAUCAACAAGUAUAAUAAACAAAGAUUAAAUUGACAUUACAUCAGUAAAACAACUUUUUUUUAUCCCAUCACUAAGAUAAUAAAAAAAAACAAAAACAAUUUAAAUCAUGUCACAAGAACUUUGGCGGUCGAAAACAGGCAGUGUCAGUUCACUAGAUCGAUUGGCUAAGAGUACUCUAUCAAUGGAUUUACCAGAAGCAAGAAAUUGUCGUGAAGCGCGCGAACAAAGUCGUAAAGAAAUGCAUGUUUUAAAUGAAAAACUUGCUUCACAACUUGAAAAGAUGCGUAUUUUAUCUGAACAAAAUAAAAAGUUAAUGAAUGAUACUGGAUCAAUGAAUCGAUUAACUAAAGAAACUGAAAAAAUUCGUUCAAUGUACAAUACAGAAUUGAAACAGCUACGCCAUUUAGUUGAUGAAUGUGAACGUGAAAAAGCUGACAGUUUAGCGAAAAUUGCUCAUUUACAACAAACUAUUAGAAAUAAACAAGAUCAGAUUAACCAAUUAAAUCAAAGUAAUCAACGUCUGUCAAAACAAUUAGAUGAUGCUUUAAAAGAAUCAAGUAUUAAAGAUGCUGAUAAAGUUGUCUUGGAACGUCGAAUUAAAUCAGCUGAAGAGGAGAUACAUCGACUGCGUACAACAACAGAACAACAUAAACAUGCUAAUAGUCUGUUACACAGAAAUUUAGAUGAAGAAACCGCGAAUCGUAUGAAAUGUCAAUCAGAAAUGCAAACACUAAAAGAAGAAAUGGAAUUUCAUCGUCGUGUUCAUGAACAAGAACUACAAGAAUUACGUUCAAUGACAAAUGUUGUUCAAGAUGAACAAGAUCGUGAUCAUUGGCGUCAUAUCAUGCAAAAUGCCAUAAGAGAUAUCAAGGCUGCUUAUGACAAUCGAUUAGAUUGUAUUCGUGAAGAAAUGGAACAAGGUUAUCUGUUACGUCUUGAAGAAUUAAGCCGUCAAGAUUCACAACAACGAACAGAAUUCAUGAGACUACAAGAAGAGAAUGCAAAACUGAAGAACGCUCUAGACGGUACACGUGGUCGAGAUGAUCAACUACGCGCUAAAUGUGAACAACUUGAACGUUCUUUGAAUGAUUCAGUUGAAGAGUCAAGAAAUCUACGAAAUCAACUAAAUAAACUUAUAAGUGAAUCAGAUCGUGAGAAACAAGCCGCUGAAGAUGCACUGACACGUCUACACAAAGAAUUAUCAGCCUUAACUGAUGCUAAAUUGAAUUUAGAAGCUGAAAUUGCUGCUUAUAGUCGUUUAUUAGAUGCACAAGACAGUCUUAUAUCAGGAACAAAAUCUGAUGGUGGUGUCCGGUCCAAAUCUCCACAUCAUCCGCAUCAACCACCACAGGCACCAAAACAACCACUACCAAUAGCACCGACACCACAACAAAACUCAUUACAGCCAAAUCGUUAUAGUCGGCCAACAUCUGCAAAUUAUCGAUCGUGUAAUGAGCUUAACGUUCGUGUUCCAUCCUAUUCGACGAAUUCACCAAGUCAGCAUGUAAAACAAUCCAGUGAUAACGCUUCUAGAAGAUGGAUGGAUAGAGAUGAACCAAGUGGACAGUCAACUAGAUCGCAUCAUUUUAUUGAUAGAACUGUUGAAGGUAGUCAACAGUUAUCCUGCAGCUAUUCUGAUAAUGAGAAACAACCGAAUACGCUGAGUCAUAGUGAAACUUUUACACGUGGUCAUUUGGUUAUUAAUGAAUGUGCACAAAAUGGAAGUUAUAUAGAAAUAACAAAUAAAGGCAAUAUGGAAGAAUCACUAUUUGGUUGGUGUUUAAUAAGAAAUAUUGAUCAAGGAAGACAAAUCAUUCGAUAUACAUUUCCUAAUCAUACACUACCUCCUCAUUCAAAUAUUAAGAUAUGGGCAGGUAGUAAACCACCUGUCAGAUCAAUAAGUAUUAGUGAUAUUGAAGCACCAUAUUCAACAUGGGGUACUGGUUCUUAUAUACAGACAAGUCUUUACAAUCCAGAUGGUUUAGAGAAGGCAACACAUAUUCAAAAAUUACAAUAAAAUAACAAAAUAAAUAAAUUAUCAUAAUAAUGGCUGUGAAGAAUACAUUAUCAUGGAAUUGGGAAAAUCUUCCACAAAGCGAUCAAAACAAAAAAUAGCACAUUGUUCAUUGAAAACAUAUCCAUAUAUGUGUGUUUUAUCCUUUGGUCUUUGUUAUUAUUAUUAUUAUUAAUAUUCUAUAUUUUGUAAUGUUUUGUAUUGCACUUUCAAAUUUUUAUUCUCUCAAUUAUUCCUCUCCUUACAAUAUUUCGGAUUUUCUACAUAAAAUUUAGGCAAGGAAGGGAGAAAUAUCAGUCGCUAUUAGUUUCCUUCAGUUGCGCACACACACACGCUUUUAGAAAGCAGACCUAGCCUACAACACUGUAGACGGAAAUGCCUCGAAAUGCAACAUUUCUGUCAGCUAGUAUUGACUUCGUAUCUUUUAACUUUAGUAAAUGUUUUUAUACUACUAUAUAAUUGGUUAGUAGUUUGUAAUAUUUUCGUCAAUUUAGUUGUCUGUUAUUAUUUCUUGGCAUUCAAAGUAGAAUAUCGAGACUUCAAAACCCGUUCCUCUUCAACUGGAUUUAUUCUCUGGUUAAAGGCGAUUUGUAGGAGUGCAUAUGUAGGUGUCUGGGAAAUUGAACCCUAAACGACUUAAGUGAUUGGUUGCAAGCAUUCUACCAAUAAACCGCCGAUGCACACUCUUUUACUUAAAUAUUCAUGCACAUCAAAUAAUUUUAUGAGUAUUAUUAUUAUUUUAUGCAUUCUUUUAUACUUUUUCGAAACAGAGUCGGAGGGUAUAUAAGUUUCAUAGUGUACAGUUCCAUUUUUUGUUACUUUUUUCACUUUGAGUGCUGAGGAUGUUUUUGUUUUUGCCGACUACUGAAAAUCUUAAUUUACAGUUAUUAGUUGUUUAAAAAUUGGUGAUAUUUGAUAAAUCAAUGAAUAAAUCAAUAAAUGGAUUUUUCAAAGUUUGUUUAUGUUAUUCUUUUGGCUAGAAUUGAUAUAAUAAUGAUGUUGUG